AUGAGCGGGUCGGCGCCGCCGGGGGCCGCGGGCGGUUCGGGCGGGAUUCGGGGGCUGCGGGUGGACGGGCUGCCCCCUCUGCCCAAGAGCCUCAGCGGGUUGCUCAACUCCUCGUCGGGCGGCGGCGCGUCGGGGGGCUGGCGGCACCUGGAGCGGCUGUACGCACAGAAGUCCCGCAUCCAGGACGAGCUGAGCCGCGGGGGCGCGGGGGGCGGCAGGGGCCGAGCCGCGGCGGUGCCCCCUAAGCCCCCCAACCUGGACGCCGCGCUGGCGCUGCUCCGCAAGGAGAUGGUUGGCCUCCGACAGCUGGACAUGUCCUUGCUCUGUCAACUGUACAGCCUCUACGAGUCAAUUCAGGAGUAUAAGGGUGCCUGCCAAGCGGCCGCCAGCCCAGACUGCACUUAUGCUCUGGAAAAUGGCUUCUUUGAGGAGGAGGAAGACUAUUUCCAGGAGCAGAGCGCUCUCCAGGAUGGGAGGGAACGAGGGGCUCCGCGGGACUUGUCGCUGCCUGUCUCCCCCCUCUCCAGCAGUGACUGGAUUCUGGAGUCCAUCUAGAGGGCCUCAGGAGGAAGGCGACUGUUGGGGAAACCCUUACCACUGGAUAGACUCUCCUCUCCCAAAUGCAUCUUUCCAGAGAGCUGCUCUGCCAUUCCGUUGUGGACGGUCCUCAGGCACGUGGGAUGGUGCUGCCAGUUUAAUGUGGAGGCAGGAAGCUCUCCGUUGACGCAUGGUGGCAGUCUGUGUUGAUGGUCAGAGUUUCUGCUCAGGCAGACCUAGUGGAAUGGCCAUAUCCCCGGCACCCCUGUAUUGAGGCACUGCUGCUGAGGAUUUAUGAUGAUGUAUGAGAGGAUCCUCGUCAGACAUCUUAGUGGGUGCUAGUUACCUCCUCACAGAUGGUAGCUUAUUUACACCCUCUUUCUUGUAGGGUUCCUGCCUGGCUUGGGAUGUAUAAAAACUGAAAUUUCACUGCUCCCUUUCCUCAGUUCAUUCUACAGCUUUUCUUGCUAUUUAAAUGAGCUUUUAAGCCUCCUGGUUAAGCUUUAUUUAUUUGCGACACUAAACUGUCCAGGUGACUCAGUGAAAGCUUUUUACUAAUAAAACAUUUCAGAUUACACCAGUCAACUGCCUUUUCUGAAUCUAUCAAAAAGCUUUAUAUCAUUCAUUGUCCAUCAGAUAUAAGUGGAAGGAAGAUAAUAUGCAGAUAUGUUGAAUGACAAAAAACACAAAUGGGUAAGCUAAUGUUUUGUAUCAUUCAU